AUGGCACUCGUUGCCAGCGGGCGCCAGCAGCACAGAAGCUAUGCCAUUGCCGCAGAAGAUACAGAUAAGGGUGUCGACCCCAGCGAUUCCUUCCUUCAAGGCAAUACAGCCAACUACAUCGACGAGAUGUACAUGUCCUGGAAACAGGACCCCUCUUCUGUCCACAUCUCAUGGCAGGCCUACUUCAAAAACAUGGAAGACGGCAACAUGCCCAUGUCACGCGCAUUCCAGCCUCCUCCAGGCCUCAUCUCCCAAGCUGGGGGAUCCGCCACCCUCUCCAGCGCACCAAGUGUCGAAACCGGUUCAGGUGGCGACAUCACCAACCACUUGAAGGUCCAGCUACUCGUUCGAGCCUACCAGUCACGAGGUCACCACAAGGCCAAGACAGAUCCAUUGGGCAUCCGCGGCGAAGCUGAAGCUUUUGGGUACCGCAAACCGAAAGAAUUGGAACUAGACCACUACGGCUUUACUGAGGCUGACCUCGACCAAGAAUUUACCCUCGGUCCUGGUAUUCUUCCUCGCUUCAUUGUCGAUAACAGAAAGAGCAUGACCCUACGAGAAAUUAUCAACGCUUGCGAGAAGACAUAUUGCGGCUCCAUUGGUGUCGAGUACAUUCAUAUCCCUGAUCGGGAGCAGUGCGACUGGAUACGCAACCGCGUCGAGAUUCCGAACCCGUUCAAGUACUCGGUCGAUGACAAGCGCCGCAUUCUUGACCGACUCAUCUGGUCUUCCAGCUUCGAAACCUUCCUAGCUACCAAGUACCCCAACGACAAGCGCUUUGGUCUAGAAGGUUGCGAGACCCUGGUUCCUGGCAUGAAGGCUCUUAUUGAUCGUAGUGUCGACUACGGCGUCAAGGAUAUUGUCAUUGGUAUGCCGCAUCGUGGUCGUCUCAAUGUCUUGUCCAAUGUCGUUCGCAAGCCCAACGAGUCCAUCUUCAGCGAGUUCUCUGGAACAGCAGUCGGUGAUGACGAAGGCUCAGGAGAUGUCAAAUACCAUCUUGGUAUGAAUUUCGAGCGCCCUACGCCUUCGGGGAAGCGCGUCCAGCUGUCAUUGGUCGCCAAUCCUUCGCAUUUGGAGGCCGAGGAUCCUGUCGUUCUGGGAAAGACCCGUGCUAUUCAACACUACAACGAUGAUGGGAGAGCACACAACACUGCUAUGGGUGUACUGCUUCACGGAGACGCUGCUUUCGCUGCUCAGGGUGUGGUGUAUGAGACCAUGGGUUUCCACAACUUGCCUGCUUACUCUACCGGCGGCACCAUCCAUAUCGUCGUCAACAACCAGAUCGGCUUCACCACGGACCCUCGCUUCGCUCGCUCUACCCCUUAUUGCACGGAUAUUGCCAAGGCCAUCGAUGCUCCAGUCUUCCACGUCAACGCUGACGAUGUUGAGGCCGUCAAUUGGGUGUGCCAGCUCGCUGCCGAUUGGCGCGCCGAUUUCAAGAAGGAUUGUGUCAUCGAUCUGGUCUGUUACCGAAAGCAAGGCCACAAUGAAACCGACCAGCCUUCUUUCACCCAGCCCCUGAUGUAUAAGCGCAUUGAUGAGAUUAAGCCUCAGCUUGACAAGUAUGUCAACAAACUUCUCGAAGAAGGCACUUUCACGAAUGAGGACAUCGACGAGCACAAGAAGUGGGUCUGGGGCAUGCUCAAUGACAGCUUUGAUCGCAGCAAGGACUACGAGCCGACUGGCCGUGAAUGGCUGACUUCUGCCUGGAACAACUUCAAGUCUCCUAAAGAGCUCGCGACUGAGGUCCUGCCUCAUCCACCUACAGGUGUCGACCAGCAACAGCUCGCCCAAAUUGGUGACGCGAUCGGUAGCUGGCCCAAAGAUUUCACUGUCCAUCGCAAUCUCAAGCGUAUUCUCAACGGUCGUCAGAAGGCUGUUUCCGAGGGCAAGAACAUCGAUUGGUCGACGGCUGAGGCUCUUGCCUUUGGUUCGCUUUGCCUCGAAGGCCACCACGUCCGCGUGUCUGGUCAGGAUGUCGAGCGUGGUACUUUCUCACAGCGCCACGCCGUACUUCAUGACCAAGAGAACGAAAACACCUGGACUCCGCUCAAUAAUCUGAAGGAGGGCCAAGGCUCUUUCCACAUCUCGAACUCUUCCCUCUCUGAGUUCGGUGCCCUCGGCUUUGAGUACGGCUAUUCUCUUUCCUCGCCUAAUGCGCUUGUUAUGUGGGAAGCCCAGUUCGGAGACUUUGCCAACAACGCGCAAUGUAUUAUUGACCAGUUCAUCGCGUCUGGUGAAGUCAAGUGGCUGCAGCGAUCAGGCCUCGUCUGCUCUCUGCCCCACGGUUACGACGGGCAGGGUCCUGAACAUUCUUCUGGCCGUAUGGAACGAUAUCUGCAACUUUCCAACGAGGAGCCACGCGUUUUCCCAUCCCCAGAAAAGCUCGAACGCCAGCACCAAGACUGCAACAUGCAGAUUGCCUACAUGACUGAACCCUCCAACUAUUUCCACAUUCUCCGCCGACAAAUGAACCGACAGUUCCGCAAACCUCUUAUCGUGUUUUUCUCCAAAUCACUUCUUCGACACCCACUCGCCCGCUCGCCCAUAGAGGACUUCACAGGUGACUCGCAUUUCAAAUGGAUCAUCCCAGACCCAGAGAUUGGCAAAUCUAUCAACGAGCCUUCAGGCAUCGAGCGCGUCAUUCUUUGCUCGGGUCAAGUCUAUACUGCGCUCCGCAAGUACGUUGAGAGCAACGGCAUCAAGGACACGGCCAUUACUCGUAUCGAGCAGUUGAACCCAUUCCCAUGGGAGCAACUCCGGGAUAACCUGGAUUCCUACCAGAAUGCCAAGACGAUCGUUUGGUGUCAAGAAGAGCCCCUGAAUGCGGGCGCCUGGAGCUUUGUGCAGCCGCGCAUUGAGACUUUGCUGAACCAGACGGAGCACCACAACCGAAGACACGUCAUGUACGCUGGCCGUGACCCGAGUGCAUCCGUGGCAACAGGCUUGAAGUCCAGCCACGUCAGGGAGGAGAAUGAGCUGCUCAAGGAGGCGUUCACCGUGCAGCAGGAUAAGCUGAAGGGCGAGUGA